CAAAUUUCAAAAAAAUAAACAACCAAAUUUUCACGAAUAUUUUAUUAUAAUUAUUUAAAUUGUAUGAUAAUAGGAUUUAAAGAGGCUUCUAAUGUAGAAAUAAAAGCCUCUGUUCUCUCAGCAUUACCCCUCUUCAACACUCCAGUAUCUAUCGCGGACUCUUUCAGUCAAUUCGAACACAGUAAGUUUCCGACUUUUGGCUUUUUUUUGUUGUUCUGUUUGUAUAAACUUUAUCACUAAUUCACGAUGUCAUAUACUUCAAACCCGCUCUUCUCAAAUAUUUUCUGAAACAUUCUCCAUACAUCAGUAGUUAAU